AUGAAUUCUCUUCCACUAAAAAUCAGUUCCACCUUCUGUAUUCUCAUUACUCUCUUCAUCUCAAUCAAAUGUUCGAGUUCAUUAGCACGUCAAGAAGAACAAGAUUUAGUGACAAAAGUGUGCAAACAAACACACUACUUUGACUUAUGCAUGUCAAUCUUAUAUCCAGACUCACGAAAGUAUACAACUGAUACUAAAGGCCUUGCAAAGAUUGUAAUGCAGAAAGAUUUGACAGUCUCUAAAGAAAUUCUUGAUGCAGUCUUAAGUUUGGCUCAUGACAAAGGAAAAUCGCGGUAUGUAAGAGAGAAAUGCAGCAAGUGUUAUGAUAAUUACAAGACAAUUGUUGUCACUCUUCUUCCAUAUGCUACAAAAUCUCUUGAUUUUGGUAAAAAAGAUGAUGCAAUACGAGUUCUUAAGUAUACAGCAUAUUAUGCUAAGGCUUGUGAUGAUGAAUUUUUAAAGAAGGGUAUGAAACGACCAUUUGAAAAUAUGAGUGUGCAUGAUAUGUCUAUACUUGUUGCAGACAUUGUCAAGCUCAUAACUUAA